UCCCAAUGGGUGGGAGCCGGGGGCGGGGCUCCCCGAGGGGCGUGGAAGGACAAGGUGCGGGGAGGGGGUUGCAGAAGGAGGCGAGCGGCUGCUGCUCAAUGGCGGAAAAGCCGCCGGUUCUCUGACUGCCUCGUUCCCCUAGCAGUUGCGGGGGAGUUUCCUGCCGGCGCGGCUGGAGUCUCUGUUUCUCAGCGUUCGGUGGUUGGAAGAUGCUCCAGAGAGACGAGGCUGCGGCGGAGGAGGUGGCGGCAGCCGAAUCGGCAGCGGCGCUAGGGUGGAGAGAAGGCGGUAGUGGCGGCGGCGGCGGCGUGAGGGGCCCGGCGGUGUAAACAGCCCCGGAGGUGGCGGAGGCCGUGGCCGAGACCCCGAGGGGGAAGCGGCUGCUGAGGCAGGGUCGCGCCUCCGUUGGAAACUUGGGCUGAGUACAGCUGGGGGCUCUGCGACGGGCGCGAGCCAGACGCCCUAGACUUCGCUUCCCUCUCUUGCCUCAGAUUCAUUGCUAAACAUGGGUGCAUUUUUGGAUAAACCCAAAACUGAAAAACAUAACGCUCAUGGUGCUGGGAAUGGUUUACGUUAUGGCCUGAGCAGCAUGCAAGGAUGGAGAGUGGAAAUGGAAGAUGCACACACAGCUGUUGUAGGUAUUCCUCACGGCUUGGAAGACUGGUCAUUUUUUGCAGUUUAUGAUGGUCAUGCUGGAUCCCGAGUGGCAAAUUACUGUUCAUCACAUUUAUUAGAACACAUCACUACUAAUGAAGACUUUAGGGCAGCUGGAAAAUCAGGAUCUGCUCUUGAGCUUUCAGUGGAAAAUGUCAAGAAUGGUAUCAGAACUGGCUUUUUGAAAAUUGAUGAAUACAUGCGUAACUUUUCAGACCUCAGAAAUGGGAUGGACAGGAGCGGUUCAACUGCAGUGGGAGUUAUGAUUUCACCUAAGCAUAUCUACUUCAUCAACUGUGGUGAUUCACGUGCUGUUCUGUAUAGGAAUGGACAAGUCUGCUUUUCUACCCAGGAUCACAAACCUUGCAAUCCAAGGGAAAAGGAGCGAAUCCAAAAUGCAGGAGGCAGCGUAAUGAUACAACGUGUUAAUGGUUCAUUAGCAGUGUCUCGUGCUCUGGGGGACUAUGAUUACAAGUGUGUUGAUGGCAAGGGCCCAACAGAACAACUUGUUUCUCCAGAGCCUGAGGUUUAUGAAAUUUUAAGAGCAGAAGAGGAUGAAUUUAUCAUCUUGGCUUGUGAUGGGAUCUGGGAUGUUAUGAGUAAUGAGGAGCUCUGUGAAUUUGUUAAAUCUAGGCUUGAGGUAUCUGAUGACCUGGAAAAUGUGUGCAAUUGGGUAGUGGACACUUGUUUACAUAAGGGAAGUAGAGAUAACAUGAGUAUUGUGCUAGUUUGCUUUUCAAAUGCCCCCAAGGUCUCAGAUGAAGCAGUGAAAAAAGAUUCAGAGUUGGAUAAGCACUUGGAAUCACGGGUUGAAGAGAUUAUGGAGAAGUCUGGUGAGGAAGGAAUGCCUGAUCUUGCCCAUGUCAUGCGCAUCUUGUCUGCAGAAAAUAUCCCAAAUUUGCCUCCUGGGGGAGGUCUUGCUGGCAAGCGCAAUGUUAUUGAAGCUGUUUAUAGUAGACUGAAUCCACAUAGAGAAAGUGAUGGGGGUGCUGGAGAUCUAGAAGACCCAUGGUAGCCUUAAAAACCUACUAAAAUGCUUUUGAUUCUGAAAAUUGGGGGAAAAAAACUUUUAAUCACAAUUUUCUUCAAUACAAAGGGAAAAUAUUCUUGUGGAUUCCCAACGUUUUGUGAUAUGAGCAGAAAAUCAUUAGCAUUUCCCAUCAUUUGUUCAUAUUUGUGUUUUCCAAUAAUUGCCACUCGUAGAAUUUCCUGUACUACAGUAUUUUUUGCCAACCUCAGUCAUACUGGUUACAUCUGUAUUGAACUUUUGGCCCUAGAAACCUAUGGAGUUAUUUCACCACAAAUCAACAAAUGUUGCCUGAGGUGCAUGGGAAUAUAGUUAGCUAUGCUCUGAAAAUACAUGGUUUUGUUUUUUUUGUUUUUUUUAAACAAAACACAACUUAUAAGCAUGUAAGAGUAAAGAAUUGUAUGAUAUGUUCCUUUUUCACCAAGUUGAAAGCCUUUUGCAGCUCUGUGGCUUAGAAUUUCAUUUGAGCAAUUUACUAUAGGAUAUGUAUUUAUUAUUAAUUGUUAUUUAAUUUUUUUCCACCAGUUUUACCUGUAUUACCAAACUGGGUUCUCCAACAACGUCCAAAUUGUAAUGUUGCCUUGCUUCAAGAUAAAGUGUAUUUGGCAAUAAUAUUAUAAACCCUUACAAAUUUUAUGCAUGUAUCUACUACAUCCUUCAACUCUCACUAGAAAAUCUUUUGAAACCAAAUGGAUUAAUUUAUGGCUAUUUAUAAUUUGCUUUGACAUCUCACUGCUGCAAAUUUUUUUAAAUGAUGAGAUUUGCCUUUAUAAUGUAAAUUGUGAUUUUUGUUUUACAUGUGGGUUUCUAUAGUUUUAAUUUUUUCAGCUUUUAAGAUAAAACAACUUUUGUGUAAUUUGGUAUUGUUUUUAAUUGUUAUUUUAAAAGCUCAGAAUAUCACAUUGAAAUUACUAUAAAUACAGUUAAAAUUAUCUAUUUUAGAUCUAAGAAAAUAUUAGAUAUUUUCAUGGGUUCAGUAACUUUUUGUUUUAUUACAUUGGGCACGGUACAGAGUGGCUGUCACAUAAGGUACUUGAAGAUUAUUAGUUUAAUUCUAUUUUUACAAUAACCUUGAAUUCUUCUGAGUUUUGCAUGUAUUAAAUUCAAUUAAUGCUGAACAUGAAGAGCGAAGUAUUUAUCUAAAAGGAGUUAUUGGGGUAGGAGAGGUAAUGAAUGUAUCCAUUUGUACAUGGUUUACAUGUUGUGGAUGCUUUGUAAACAUUUUCCUAUAUGUUUAAAUUGUGUUUCAGCAGGAUGUAAUUGCCCUUGUGUAUAGUUAAAAUGAGUCAUCAUCUGGUCCUGUGUGAAAUGGAAUUCAUGGUAUUUUCUGUAACAUUUUCCUAAAGCUGUUUCUGGAGAGCCACACCUUUGAAUACAGACAGCUUUCCUGAUCAUUUGAUUUACUGUGCACCUGAUUUUUGGUCUAAAAGGAAUUAUUGCCACAAUAUAUUUUAUUUAUUCUUUAGAUUUUAGACUUGUAAGUUAAAGUGCUUUACAUGAUGAUGUUAAAAGCUAUUUGUCUACUUUUACUGGGUGUAGGGGGUUGUUAAAAGAUAGGGAAUGAAGAAUGCAAAAUGGUUUAUUGUUCAAACUGUCCACUCUGAUCCAACCCUGUACUGAUAGUACUUUCCAGUAUGAUAUUGUGAUGUUUCAUACAAUGCGGUGAACAUAACCAACUUGUUACUUAAAUAAAGAAUUGAUAAAAACAGUGUGACAUAUUA